UCCUAAAAAAAAGCAUGAAUAUAAUGUUGCAUAGGUUGUUGGGGUUUUUUUUUGUGUGUGUGUGAAUUGCCCUAUGUAUGACUCCAAUGACCUUCACAUUUCCAUUGUAUAGUUCUUUCUUCUAUCUAGUAACAGUAGUAGGCUUUAUCAAAUCAGCAUGGAGAGUAGGCAUUCUCUUAACUGAAAGCUACAAUCUUCCUGCCUAAAAUUUUCAACAUUAUUCUCUUAUUUAUAGAGUGGUCUUUUGCAAAAUGAAAAGGUAAGAGAUGAACACAGCUCCGUAACACCAUGUCAACAUCGUCCCCACCACCUUCCUCAGUCAGUGAAAGCAGUGCAAAUGCUCGCAACGUCACGUAUGCGCAUUUGUACCGAAGGGUUUUCCCCCCUAAUGCCUCUGGCUGCUCAAAUUAGUUAUUUAUGUUAAAUAAGUGGCAUUUAACCAACUAGCAGGACAUGUAGCCAGAAGCAGGUGGUUUUGCUCCUUAACAAGACUACUUUAUGUUCGCUGCUACAACAUGGAUGUAGUGUGUGCAGAUGUGGUAUAACAAAAAUAGAGGCAUUGAAAACCUUUAACUUUAGUAGUUAUUCCACUCAUCACUUUUAUACUGUAUAUUAUCAUUCUGUUAAGUCUUACUCUGGACAUUACGUGGACUGUUAUUCACAAAGGUGCUUUGAAAAACACCACCCUGCAUUACUGUUACAGCUGUAGCUGCUGUUUAAAGCUGGAACCUCAAAGUAGGCAGUGACUUCUCCUUUUGAGACUGACCAGCGUCACUGAGAAUCUCCUAAAUCACUGGUCCCGACAACUUUUUCAAAAUCAGAAGCCUUUAUUGUCUGUUUAUUUUUCUAACUUUGGAAAGCAUUCAGAGACAGAGCCUGUGUCACCCUGCUAAACUGAUGGUGAACCGCAGAGCUACAUAUAAACAUACAUAUAAACAUCUAAAUACAACUUGCAGACUUAGUUCCUGGUGGCCUUGCAAGAGCACACUUGUGAUGUGCUUUUGCAAGAUAAAGAGUUCACUUUGAGAAAUGCAUGCAACAUGUUUCACAUGUCAGCAAGUGGAUCCCUUUGUAACUAUGAUAUGAACAGAAACCAAUAUGGUGUCCUUUCAUCUGGAAACAGUAAUUGUGUCUAAUCCUUUCUGGCUUGGUGCUUUAGUAACAGACUACAGUAAUAUUUGGCCCAAAAUAAAACCUUUUGUGUAACAGCUGACUUUAUGGAAGGAUAGGUUGGUGAGACAGCGUAAAAGUUUGAUGGAUUAAUACGCUUUUUUUUCCAUGAAUAUUUUUAUUAACACUAGCACCUUCUCUCUCGUCUCCCGACAGAUGAGAACUUCACUCUCAAACACGACAGAGCCUUCCUGUUGUCGAUGGCCAAUCGUGGGAAGGACACCAACGGUUCACAGUUUUUCAUAAACUCUAGCAUCCUGCUCUUCCAAGCACAACUAAGAUGGCGCCUCAUCUUGAUGGAGUCCACGUCGUCUUUGGUCUUGUCAUCUCCGGAUUUGAAGUGAUAAAGAAGAUUGAGGGGCUGAAGACUGAUUCUGCUAGCAGACCCUACGCUGAUGUGAGAGUGGUUGACUGUGGACAGCUGAUCACCAAGUCUGCAAACGAUGUGCUAGAAGGCAAGCGGAAAAGAGCUUCCCAUUCUGCUGACUCGUCCCUCAACUCCCAUGACUCGUCCUCCCAGUUCUCUUCAGUGGAGUCUGAAAGUGAAUCUGAUGCAAAGCACAGACAUCACAAGCAAAAGAGACAGUCCAAAAGUAAACGAUCCAAAAAGAAAAGGAGGCAGUUAAAGAAGGAAAAAGAUGCAGAUACUCUGCCUUCUAAGCAAAGUCCUGUGGAAAGAGAGACACAGGAGGAAAAGAAUGAGGUGGAAGAAGAGAAGGAGCUGGGUGGGAAGAGAGAUAAGCCUGUUGUUCGACCAGAGGAAAUCCCACCAGUUCCAGAAAACCGCUUCCUGCUGCGACGGGACAUGCCAUCUCAGGAAGAUAAAACAGAAAUAGUUGAUAAGGAAGAAGCAACUCUCCCAGCUGAGCAGAAACCAGCGGUGUCCAAGUCUGGACGGAAGAUCAGAGGCAGAGGAACAAUACGAUAUCACACUCCUACAAGGUCUAAAUCACGCUCUGCCUCUGUAGAGGAGCGUGGAAGCAGUGAAACUCCACCGCACUGGAAAGAAGAAAUGAAGAGAACCAAAGUUUAUCAACCCCCAAGCAUCGAGCGUUGGAGCAAAGGAGACAAAUUGAAUGACCAUUCUUCAAGCAGAUGGGAUGACAGAAGUGACUCUGCGUGGUCCCGGUCUGCAGAGCAUUCCUCAGACCGCAGCUCUGAGAGGUCCAGUCAGCGGUGCCAGCAGAAGAAGGCGAAGAAGAAAUCUAAACACAAGAAGAAGGCCAAAAAACGGAAACAUGGCAAGAAGAAGAUUUCCAAGAGCAAACCACAAGAGCCUUACCAGUCAGAUGGGGAAAGGUCCGUAUCUGCAGAGAGAGCAUUCAGAAGAUCUCGUUCUCCAACUCGUUCUUCUUCAAGUCCGCAUCAUUCUUCACACAAAAGGAAACGGCGGUCCUCAAGGUCAUACAGGGAUUCCCGAUCCUACUCUAGGUCCUACAGUAGGUCCAGUCGAUCCAGAUCUCGAGGAAGGUCUCGGUCUUACUCAAGGUCUAGAAGCCGGUCUGGAUCUAGAAAGCGAUCUUUCUCUAGAUCCAGAUCUUGGACCUAUUCUCAGUCCCGAUCUAGAUCAAGGUCCAGGUACAGAUCCAGAUCCAGAUCUUUGUCACCACCCAGAAAAAGAAGUUUUUCCAGAUCUCCAAGAAAGAAAAAAACAAGCAAGCCAGAUGUCACGAUCCCUGUGAAUGAGAAGCUUCAAGAGAGCAAAGUCACACCUGUCCCCAGACUGCCUGCUGUCCCAGCUCCUGAAAGUGUCCCUGUGAUCCCACUGAGCGACAGCCCUCCUCCCUCACGCUGGAAACCAGGGCAGAAACCCUGGAAACCAUCCUACAUCCAUAUUCAGGAAAUUAAAGCUAAAGUAGCUCCCAGUAACAUUUCCUCAACUGGGCAAGCAGUUGAUACUGCAGCAGAAAAAGCUCAGACUUCAGCUACACCAAAGUCUCUGCCAGGUGACUCUGAAGGUAACAAAGCACACAAACCUGCACAGCACUCACACAGUAACUCAUCCAGGAGCAGGUCCUACAGCCGUUCUUACAGUCGCUCACAGAGUAGAAGUUAUAGUAGGUCCAGGUCCAGAUCUACUCAUCGGCACAAAAGCAGGUCAUCAUCCUACAGCAGAUCAGAGUCUGAACAGUCCCAGAAAACAAGUAGCAGAAAGAAGAAAUCACUAGACAAGGAGUGGAAGGAGUACUACAGUUCUCUGAGGAGAAUAAAAAAUUUAGAUAAGUACAUUUCACUGACCAGCAGUCAAGAUGCUCACUCGGGAUCAGAGAACAGGACAGACAGUGAGCGCAGUCCUGAUAUCAGUGGGUCUGUGGAGAAAAUAAAAGACAAGGGCAGCUCACAGGAUCUUGAGAGAAAACAUUACAGUUCAGUGCCAGUGGAGAACUUUAAUAGCAGGUCUGAAUGGGACAGUGACAGUGAUAAGGUGAGCCAGAGCAAUAGUGCUCUCCCAUUAAAAAUACAGAAAAAGGUGGCUCAAUAUAGUGAAUUUCUGGAGAAGAAGUUAUCUUCUACUACUGGAUGGAAUUCGGAAAGUGACUCUGAAAAUUUAACAGCUAGGGCAUUAGCUGUUUCUGAAAAGGAGGAAGGGGAGGCUAGUUCAGAAUCAGAAUAUGAGAUUUCCAGAAAAACAUCUGAGGGAGGGAAUGCUCUGGCAGCUUCUGGUCAGUCAGAGGAAAAUCAUGAGAAGGCUGCAGAGCCAGAGAAGCACAAGAGCAAGAAGAAAGCUAAACGAAAGCAUAAACAUAAAAGGAGAGGUGAGAAUAAAGGCGGUUCCCAUCACAGUAAGGACAAAACCAAGAAAACUAAGAGAAAACCUCAGAAGCUGAAAGAGACUUUUCACUGGCAACCACCUUUAGAGUUUGGAGAGGAAGAAGAAGAAGAUGAAUCCAAAAGGGAGAGGCAUAGUCCUAGAAGAGUUGUUAAAGAAAGUCCUGGUGUUAAUAAUAUGAAUGCAAAGGACCGAAAUGUAAGUUGUAAUCCUACUAAAGAAGGAGGAGAAGAAAGGGGGCAACAGAGAACAAAAGAAGGUAUCAACAAAAACACAGAGCACACUGAACCUCAUCAAGAGUCAUCCAACAGGAACAGCGCCAGCAGUUCUCACUUGUCAAGUGUCCAAGAGCAAGAGCCAUUAGAUGAUAUGGACAUUUGCACCCCGGAGCAUGAUGUUAAAAUUGUUGAACCUUCAGUCCCACGUGAUUCUCACGACAGCGCCCCUGAACUGACCCUAAAAUCUUCCUCAAACUCUUCAGAAAUGGAAAGCAAUGACAACGCUUUACCUCACAGCAAAGAACAGUCUGCUGUUAGUUCCACGACAGCUGGUGGACUGCAAGACAAAGCAACCGCUGGCAAACCCACUGCCACUGUAAUCAAUUUAAAAUGGAGGCCACUGAAAGGAACGUCAGCUGUACAGAAUGUGAAUGCACCCCCGGUCACUGUGAAAAAUGUCCAAACUCAAGAGAGCCAGACCCUCAACAUGCAGGGAGUCCGAAUGGAGAUAAAAAGCAAAAGCCGCGUCCGACCGGGAUCUCUGUUCGACGAGGUCCGUAAGACUGCACGACUCAACCAGAGGCCUAGAAACCAGGAGAGCUCCAGUGAAGAGAGAUCGCCCUCUGUGGGGAAAGCAAAGGGAACAUCUCGCACACGCUCUCCAAAGAAGUCCCGGUCUGUGUCUAGAAAGUCCCACUCUGUUUCCAGUCACAGGUCACGCUCCCGAGGGUGGUCCCACUCCUACAGCAGGUCCAGAAGUAGAUCCCGCAGCUCCAGCUACUCCUCCAGGAGCCGUAGCAGGAGUUGGAGGAGACGUGGGAGAGGACGAUCACGCUCUCGCAGCAGCACAUACCGAAGUUACAGGAGUCACAGCCGGACGUACAGUAGAAGUAAUUCCAGAAGUCGUUCGUAUAAUCGCCGCAGGAGAUCCAGGUCAGACUCCUAUGACAGCUAUUCCAGUCGGAGUCGGAGUGUGAGCAGGAGACGAGGGCGCAGACACAGUGACAGCUACAGGAGCUCAGAUCGCCGAUCACGGUCGUACCGCUCGUCCAGUCGCAGUUCUUCAAGGCGCAGGAGCCACAGUCGUAGCAGUCGCUACAGCUGAGCUACACCUUUAAAACCAGCCUGUUGGUUUACACCUGAUGACGGGGAUCAGAACCACCAAGUCUGGACACUGUCAUAUACUAAAAGAUCAGCACCUAAAGCUCUAGGAGGAAGACUUAUUUCCAGUCUUAUUGUCAGUUUCAUAUGGUUCUGUAUGUCCACCCUCCACAAACUGCCAUUAAAGUCACUGAGGAAAUUAAUGUAAAUUAUAAACCAUUUUACAAGCUGAUACAAAGAACUUCUUUUUGGGGGGCUGUGACAACAACUGGCUUGAAAUGUACCAACACAGCUGCUCAAACAGAAACUUUGAAAGUGAAAUACAUGCUAUACUUAUUACAAAUAAUAUGACAGAUAUUCUGUAAAUAAUUGAAAUAGCUUUAUAUUCAUGGAUUGUUUUUCUACUUCUUUUAUACACUGACAUGUACAAUUGUUACAGUAUGAGAGUCUAAUCAGCUUUGCUGUGUUUGAGGAGUUUGUUGGUUUGAGUUGAGGUUUUGCCUUAAGCUUUGAAAGUGUUCAUGAAGUCAUCACUGAAUGGAAUAAUGUGUAGCUGGGGUUUUUUUUGUUUUCAUUACUUUUUAUCACUGUACCAUGAAUGUUAAAACUGAACUCAAAUUAGGGAACUGCAGAUUUAGGUUUGUGUUCUGAACGUUUACUUUUAAUAAAUGAACUCUGGCCUCUC